UAACUCAAAAACAAGCUUUUGGUGUAACUUUCACAAAACCAAACAGAAGAAACAGAACCAAAAAAAAAAAACCAUGAAGACCUCAGCUUUCUUCAUUGUUGUAUUGCUCAUUCUAUCAUGUUCAUCAUCAAUGAUAAUGGGAGCUCACUAUCAUGAGAACCGUUGCCAUGACUGGAAAGAUUGUGCUAUAUGGUGCAAACAAUGGGUUCCUCAACCAAAAUGUAUUAACCAUGUUUGCGAUUGUAAGCCAAAAUCUCUUCCGACUAACGACGAGAUUCCUCAAUCGACUUCUUCCAAUUCAAAUAACUAAAAUAUGAUUAUGAUUCUAUGUAUCCAUGAGAUAUUUACUAUCUAGUUAAACUUCAAUAUGAAACGGUAUUAUAACUGUUCAUCAAUAAAGUUAUAGCUUUGAU